AUGGGCCCUCUUCGACUUCGCAUCGAUGGCAAGACCUUCAAGGAUCCACAGAAUCGAGAAAUCACCUUAAGGGGGAUCAACGUUGCUGGCGAAUCCAAGUAUCCAAAGGAUCCCGAUACCCCAUCUUACGUUCCCGAUAAGUUCUUCGACACCGACAAUGUUUCGUUCGUCGGUCGACCUUUCUCCCUUGACGAGGCGCAUACACAUUUUGGAAGACUGCGGAAAUGGGGAUACAACACAAUAAGAUACAUAUUCACUUGGGAAGCGAUCGAGCAUGCUGGUCCUGGAAAGUAUGACGACGACUGGGUUGCGUUUACUAUCGAAGUGCUCCGUAUUGCAAAGCAGUACCAGUUCUUCGUGUUUAUGGACCCUCAUCAGGAUGUGUGGUCAAGACUCUCGGGUGGGUCUGGUGCACCGGGCUGGACUCUGUACGCGGCAGGACUCAACCCCCGGACAUUCAAGAAAACCGAAGCCGCCCUGGUUCAGAAUACCUAUGACCACCCCGAGGAAUUCCCCAAAAUGAUCUGGAGCACGAACUAUACUCGCCUGGUCUGUCAGACUAUCUUUACCAUGUUCUGGGCCGGGCGUGACUUCGCUCCCAAGGCGAUCAUCGACGGCGUCAAUAUCCAGGACUAUCUCCAAGGUCAUUUCAUCGCUGCUUGCAAAUACCUAGCACAAAAAAUCCACGACGCCGGCGAUCUUGAAAAUGAAGUGGUCAUUGGAUGGGAAAGCAUGAACGAACCUCACCGAGGACUUAUUGGUCUUCAGGAUAUCUCCGUCGUUCCAGCCGAUCAACAGUUACAGCUAGGUACCUCGCCAUCACCAUUCCAGGCAAUCCUGACGGGAUCGGGUCGAGCUUGCGAGGAGACGACUUGGGCAUUUGGCGGCUUCGGUCCUCAUCAAACAGGGAGGGCACUUGUGGACCCGGAGGGUGUUUCUGCAUGGCUCCCCGCCGAUUACGAUGACAAGAAGUAUGGCUGGACCCGAGACCCGGGCUGGAAACUGGGUGAAUGUCUGUGGGCUCAGCAUGGAGUCUGGGACCCAUCGUCAGACCAGCUACUACGGAAAGAUUAUUUCGCUAGCCACCCCAAAACUGGAGAACCUCUGGACUACGAUAAAUUCACCAACUCCUACUUCCUAGAGCACUACAGGGCGUAUAGAGAUGCCAUCAGGAGUGUUUGGCCUGAGUCCAUCAUGCUUUGCCAGCCUCCGGUCAUGGAAAUUCCCCCCGACUUGAAGGGAACAUUUGACGAUGACCCCAACAUGGUCCACGCUGUACAUUACUACGAUGGACUCACCUUGUUGACGAAACAUUGGAAUCGACUCUACAAUGUGGACGUGAUCGGAGUGCUUCGCGGGAAAUAUCUUACGCCUGCCUUUGCUGUUAAGAUCGGGGAGACGGCCAUCCGAAACUGCUUGCGCGACCAACUGAAAUUCCUUAGAGAUGAGAGUCUGCGUUACAUGGGAGACCAUCCCAUGGUACUGACCGAAAUUGGCAUCCCUUACGACAUGGAUGACAAAUAUGCAUACAGGACUGGAGACUACAGCAGCCAGAUCAGUGCGAUGGACGCCAACCACUUCGCUAUCGAAGGCAGUACGGCUAACGGCUUUACUUUAUGGCUGUACACUUCUCAGAACAACCAUGAGUGGGGUGAUAAUUGGAAUGGUGAGGAUUUGUCGAUCUUCUCUAUUGACGAUCCGGAGCUGCCAAACGGGAAGAACCUGGUGCUUGAGAGCGAACCCUUGUCGGAUCCUCGAUCUCCAGCUUUCUCGGAGAGCCAAAGCAACAUCGAAACUCAGCAUGUUGGUCCUGGGAACCUGAAGGAUGCCAUUCGGUCCCCAUCUAUAUCGACAGAACAUUCUCAGCUGAUCAAGGACAACGUCGGAUUCCGUGCUGCAGAGGCGUACAUACGACCAAGUCCUAUUGUGACGAAUGGCAUCGUCACAAACUACGGAUUUGAUCUACGCAACUGCACUUUCACCAUGUCUCUGACCGGAAAUGAACGCUCUUCUGAAGAUAGAACACCCACCGAAAUCUAUCUGCCAAAUUUCCAUUUCCCCGAACAACACCCUGUGGUGUCGGUCAGCAGCGGGGAAUGGACUAUCGACUACCUGGAAGUCAGCUCCUUGAAAAUACAGCGGCUUCGAUGGUGGCAUCCGGCCGGUGAACAAGACAUCAAAGUCCAGGGAGUCAAACGCAAACCUGGCGAAUUAGGUGGUGCCUCCAGUGAGGACGUGACCUAUCUUGAACAAUGUCAGAGUGGAGGUUGUUCUGUCAUGUAA